UCUUUCGAUCUUUAUCCACCUGUAGCCAGGUUGCGUCUGUCGAGAAGGGAUCACGCCACUUUGAGACAAAGAAGUGCUGGCAUUACAUUCAGAGGAUUCAAGACGUGCUGGGACCUUUCACAUUUAAGUAAGCACGUGCUGCGUUAAUUUUCAAAAACACAGAUACGUUGAUGGAAUAUAAAUAUCGCGCCUUACAUUGAACUGUUUUUAAGCUUUAAAAACAAUUUGUGCCAUAAAUAAACACAAAAUAAAAAAAGUGUUCAACAACGAUACGUCCAUACAGAUUUUUAACAAUUGACACGGUUUAUGCGUUUAUAUUUAUAUAUUUCUAUUGCAAAGAUAAAAUAUAUCGUGUGUUAUUGACAAGACAAUGGCAGCGUUCAAUGUCCUGGUUCUGAUAGGAUUGGGGCUUGCUAUCACUGUCGCGUACGGACGGACAGUCAGAAAACCACGGAUGUGGAGUGACUGCACCUCGUCGGACAGUCCUGUGAAGAUAACCCACCUUGAUAUCUCACCAAGUCCCGUAACUCUGCCAGGAGACAUGUUCUUCAGUCUCAAAGGCUACAGUAACCGGACGAUGGGCAGCUCCCGGUUGAUACUGAACAUCGUGCGGCGCCUACAGUCCUGGCCAUACAUCGAAGUGCCCAUCCCCUGCUUCUUCAACAUCGGCUCAUGUACAUAUGCAGACAUGUGCACCCUACUUGACGAAAUGGUUGCAAGCAAUUGGCUGGGUAUAUCCCGCCAGGUGGGGCAAGGAAUUCAAAGAAUGUUGGAGGAUAGCGGCGUGACCCCAGGUUUGUGUCCUCAGCCCCCGCAAGUCAUCACCAUAGACAAACGUCCGCUGCCAUUGCCGACCAUUCCACCGGCACUGUAUUGGUUCGCCGAGGGUCUGUACAGAGCCCACGUGCGCGUGAUCGACAAUUCCAAUGGCCAGGAACUCUCAUGCAUACACGUGGAUAUCGAGAUGAAGAGAAGUCGUCAGCGUUGCUCCAGCUGGUUUGGUUGUUUAUUCUAGCCACGAUGUGGACCUUACCUGGGCAUCUGAGACAUUUUACAAUUAUUGACCUUCUUCACACAACACAUGACUAUCUUCAAAACCUGAUUAAUUUAUUACCUGACGUGUUCAUAAAAUAUCUAAAGACUUACCUCAGCUACCGCUGUGUUCAUAGCAUAAUAAAUGACAUUUCACAGUAAACCGCUUUUCAACUACAUGCAUGUUCAUAGCAGCAUUAAAUAACUUGAAGAGAACACCGCGGUGUUUAA